GGUUGGGAAAUGGGAUGUCGGUAUUUCUUAAUUUAAUUCAUUUUUUUUUCAUAUUUGUAUAUGUUACAAUAUCUUGCUUAAUUAAUAAAUGUAAUGUGAUGGACUUGUCACGAUGCAUCUAACAACCAUGAUAUGACACUAUUCAUUGUCAACCGAGGGAUAAUAAAAAUAAUAUAAGUUGGAAGUUUCAAAGGGUUUAAUUACUUAGUAAACAAAAGGGGAUUAAUGAUUGAGGGGUGGUGAAAUGACUAUAUAAAGGGUUCAUGUUCCAUUGUAAAUGCAUUCAUCCUUCACUACUUCCAUUGAAUUCAAUAAUAAAAAUUAAAUGGCUAAUUAUCGGCCUUGGGCACUUUGUGCCUUGGCUAUAUGUUUGAUGGCAGUUAGUGUUUCGGCGGAGUACGAGUAUUCAUCUCCGCCGCCUCCAUAUGUAUACUCAUCUCCGCCACCAUACAUUUACAAAUCUCCACCACCGCCUCCUUAUAAGUAUUCAUCUCCCCCGCCGCCUCCUUACAAAUAUACAUCUCCCCCUCCACCACCUUAUAAGUAUACAUCACCACCUCCGCCACCUUAUAAGUAUACAUCACCACCUCCGCCACCUUAUAAGUAUACAUCUCCACCGCCGCCACCUUAUAAGUAUACAUCUCCACCGCCUCCACCAUACGUUUACAAGUCUCCCCCACCCCCUCCUUAUAAGUAUACAUCUCCACCACCGCCACCAUAUGUUUACAAAUCUCCCCAACCACCUCCUUAUAAAUAUUCAUCUCCACCACCACCACCAUAUAUCUACAAGUCUCCGCCACCUCCUCCAUAUGUAUACUCAUCUCCACCGCCACCACCCUACGUUUACAAAUCUCCCCCACCACCGCCAUAUGUUUACAAGUGUCCUCCAUCGCCGCCAUAUGUUUACAAGUCUCCCCCACCGCCGCCAUACGUUUACAAGUCUCCCCCACCGCCGCCUUAUAAGUAUACAUCUCCACCACCGCCACCAUACGUUUACAAGUCUCCCCCACCACCUCCUUAUAAAUAUUCAUCUCCACCCCCACCUCCUUAUAAAUAUUCAUCUCCACCACCACCUCCAUAUGUGUAUUCAUCUCCACCACCACCACCAUAUGUCUACAAGUCUCCACCUCCUCCUCCAUAUGUGUACUCAUCUCCGCCACCACCACCAUAUGUCUACAAGUCUCCACCUCCUCCUCCAUAUGUGUACUCAUCUCCGCCACCACCACCCUACGUUUACAAAUCUCCCCCACCUCCUCCAUAUGUGUAUUCAUCCCCACCACCACCACCAUAUGUCUACAAGUCUCCACCUCCUCCUCCAUAUGUCUACUCAUCUCCGCCACCACCACCUUAUGUUUACAAGUCUCCCCCACCGCCUCCUUAUAAGUACUCGUCUCCCCCACCACCUCCUUAUAAGUACUCGUCUCCCCCGCCUCCUCCAUAUGUGUAUUCAUCCCCACCACCACCACCAUAUGUCUACAAGUCUCCACCUCCUCCUCCAUAUGUCUACUCAUCUCCGCCGCCACCACCUUACGUUUAUAAGUCUCCCCCACCGCCUCCUUAUAAGUACUCGUCUCCACCACCACCACCACCAUAUGUUUACAAAUCUCCCCCACCACCUCCAUAUGUGUACUCAUCUCCACCACCACCACCAUAUGUCUACAAGUCUCCACCAUCGCCACCAUAUGUCUACUCGUCUCCACCACCGCCACCAUAUGUUUACAAGUCUCCACCACCUCCUCCCUAUGUUUACAAGUCUCCGCCACCUCCUCCAUACAAAUACUCUUCUCCACCACCUCCAUCAUAUGUAUACAAGUCUCCCCCACCUCCAUCAUAUGUAUACAAGUCUCCCCCACCUCCAUCAUAUGUAUACAAGUCUCCCCCACCUCCAUCAUAUGUAUACAAGUCUCCCCCACCUCCAUCAUAUGUAUACAAGUCUCCCCCACCGCCUCCUUAUAAGUACACAUCUCCUCCACCACCACCAUAUGUUUACAAGUCUCCACCACCUCCUCCCUAUGUGUACUCAUCUCCACCACCACCCCCUUACAUUUAUAAGUCUCCACCGCCACCUUCAUAUAUUUAUAAGUCUCCACCGCCUCCUUCUUACAUUUAUAAGUCACCACCUCCUCCAUUCUAUUACAAGUGAUCUAUUCCUCACAUCCUUUACUAAGAAAUUGAUGCUACACUUGGGUUUAUGUAAGUAUUAUGAUGUAUCUACAUAAGCUAUCUUAACUUUUACCAUCCUAUUAGAGAUACCAAUAUAUGAUUAAAAUCUU